CAAAAUUUGUUUACACCCCAGCCCUGACAAGACCCAAGCGAAGCAAACGAAGUAAAGGGAACAAUAAUAAUAAUAAUGGUGGAACCCAAAGCAAAUCCCGUGGAAAGGCAGCCCAAUGCCGAUACGUUCCUGCCCCUCAGCCGGGUGCGGACCAUCAUGAAGAGCUCCAUGGACACAGGUUUGAUAACCAACGAGGUGCUCUUCCUGAUGACCAAGUGCACGGAACUGUUCGUCCGGCAUUUGGCGGGCGAGGCAUAUGCGGAUGCAUUCCGCCAGAAAUCGGGCGAGACGCUUAAGUACGAGCAUCUUUCCCAGCUGGUCAACAAGAGCAAGAACCUCGAGUUCCUGCUGCAGAUCGUGCCGGAGAAGAUCCGGGUGCACGAGUUCCAGGAGAUGUUACGAUUAAACCGCUCCGCCGGCAGCGACGAUGACGAUUCGGAAUCCGGAUCGGAGUCGGAUGAGUAAAUGGACAUGGACAUGGCCAUCGAGUUGCCUGACCCGUCGUCCACCGACUGAUUUUAACACUUAGUUUAGGCUAGCCGAUAGGUGAAUGAUUGUAAAUUUAUAGCCCCCUGAUGAAUAAAGAAGCAUAUGGGUAUUGUGU